AUGUCCUCCUGGCUCUCCUACUUCACCGGCUCGGGAUCUUCGCGCGGUUCUCGAGACUCGACCCGCGAAGCGAUCGUCAAUCUGAGGGAACAUUUGAUGAUGCUCGAUAAGAAGGAGGAGUUCUUGGGCACCAAGAUUGAGGCCGAGUUGAGGAAGGCCAAGGCGAAUGCGACGAGCAAUCCGCGGGGUGAGUUUCGGGAGCGCAGGCUUUGGUGGUGGUGGGUUCGGGUCGGAUGGGUCGGAUGGGUGGAGUGGGUGGAGUGGGUGUGUAUGGGCAUGGGUAUGGGUCGAGUCACAGAUGACGAUCGCGCGACGGACGCGGCGUGAAAGCGGGAUCGGGAUCGGGCGAUCGGGGACGAGGUGGCGGAGGAGAAUGCAACAGCAACCCCGACCCUUACUCACAUGUUCCUCUUCGCAUCAUGCACCAGUCGCCAAGCAAGCCCUGCGGCAAAAGAAGCUGUACGAGAAUGAACUCGACAGCAUCGCCGGGCGAAAGAUGACGCUCACAACCCAGGUGCGCACCGACCACAGCGCAUCUAUUCGCAACGCACUCUCUGGGCACUGAUGAGUAUGGUACGCCUGGCUUUGGGUCCACAGGUCAACGCGAUCGAAUCGGCGAAUAUGAACAAGGAGACGCUCGAGGCGAUGAAGAAGGGUGCUGACGUACUCAAGGGGAUCCAUGGCAAGCUGUGCGUCCGGACUGGAUCGAUUCGUGUACUCAAAGGAACAUGCUGGCUAAGAUUGUGAUACAUUUGCACAGUAAUGUGGACAAGGUCGACGCGACGAUGGACGACGUGCGCAACCAGCUCGAACUCACAAACGAGAUCUCGGAAGCCAUCUCCAAUCCAGCGGGGAUGGGUAUCGACGUGAGUAUAGAUCGGACAAGGGGUCGAGACACAAUCGAAUCAUCACUGAACUAUCUGGUACUCUGAUGCAGGUCGACGAUCAAGACGUGUUGGACGAGCUGGCCGAACUGGAACAAGAGGAACUCAACAACCGAUUGGCCGGCGCCGAGGCCGCACCAUUACAUUCACCCGCCGCGGCUGUACCAAGUAGGUCAUCUGUCGCGGAAGAAGAUUGAACGGACGUUAUACUAACUCCUCGCUCUCUACGACGGGUAUCGUGCCUACAGUCAAGACGCCGGCACAAGCGAUCGAGGAGGACGAAGAAGAGGCCGAGUUGAGGCAAUUGCAGGCCCAAUUGGCUAUGUAG